AUGUUUCACCAAAUAUUAGUGCAGCCAGAGGAUAGAUGUGCACAGCGAUUUCUAUGGAGAAAUGGUGAGAGUAAUAGAAGACCAGAAGUCUAUGAGAUGUCGGUAAUGACCUUUGACGCUGCUUGUUCGCCAUGUGCAGCCCACUAUAUUAAGACAGUUAACGCGCUAGAACACCGAUCUGGUAAUAAGAACGUAAGUCGUGCUGUAAAGUCCAUUUUGGAGCAUCACUACGUGGACGACAUGGUUGACAGUUUCGGUUCAGUAGAAGAAGCCAUUACUGUUUUGAAGAUGGUACGAGCCAUACACUUAAAGGCUGGGUUCGAGCUUCGAAAUUUUGCUUCAAAUUCACAAAAGGUAAUGAGUGAGCUUGGUGGUAAAGAAAUAACGCGUGCUAUUUCAAAGAAAGAAGGAGUGCUGGUGGAAAAGGUGCUCGGAUUAUUUCGGCAAUCUUCAACUGAUUGUUUUGGAUUUCAGUUGAAGUUUAAUAAAGUUGAUGUGGCGGUUAUUAAUGGAACGAGAUUUCCCACCAAAAGAGAACUCCUCAACGUUAUAAUGUCGAUCUUUGAUCCUUUGGGAUUUUUAUGUAAUUUUGUCGUGGGUGCUAAGGUAAUAAUGCGCGACGUAUGGGAACACAAUAUUCAUUGGGACGAGCCGUUGCCGAGCGACAUUAACGAUGCAUGGGAGAGAUGGCGUAACCAACUAACUGCAGUCGUCAAAUACACUAUUCCACGUUUCUAUUUCCUGAAAGGUAUGCCAAAAAUAUUGCAGCUCCAUGUGUUUGUUGACGCCAGUGAGGUUGCCUUUGCCGCAGUCGCCUAUUGGAGGUCAGAAAGUUUCAGCGGCGAAAUUGACGUGUCAUUAAUUUCUGCGAAGUCCAAGUGCGCUCCAAUUAAACCACUGACAGUGCCUCGACUUGAACUUCAAGCAGCAAUCUUGGGAAGCCGCCUAAUGAACAAUAUACGUAAGGAGCACUCUUUAGAUAUUAGUCAAAUUGCUGAAAUAUUGACGGCUACAGGUGCUACGCAAUGGAAGUGGCUAGCAACGGAUUCGAAUGUUGCCGAUGAGGCCACACGUACGAAUAAUCGCAUUGACUUCAGGCUAACAGGUCGUUGGACAUCUGGUCCAGCUUUUUUACACCAGCCGGAAGAUCAUUGGCCUGGAAGUAACAUUGAAUUGUCAACUGAAGAUCCUCUUGAAGAAGAACUUCGCCAUAAAUAUGCUUCGAAACUGGUGAGAGCUGCAGCAUGGGUGCUACGCUUUAUACAUGUCUGUCGUCGCCGUUUGCAACCAGAAAGUCGUUUUGGUUUGACUGUUGGAGAAAUCGAACUUGCAAAGAAGUUGCUUUGUCGUUUCGUUCAAAAAGAAGCAUUUACCACAGAGAUCCAGUCAUGGUCAAAAUAUUGCCAGCAAUAG